CCUGCCCUAGUCCUCUAGUCCCCAAACUCCCAGUCCCCUGUGCCUUUUCCUGCGAUAACAUGCUGUUCUUCACCCUCCUGCUAGCGUUCAUUUGGAUCCUGGCUGCAGACAGGGGUCAACACUGGACAUAUGAGGGCCCACAUGGUCAGGACCACUGGUCUGCCACUUACCCUGAGUGUGGAGGCAAUGCCCAGUCUCCCAUCGACAUCCAGACAGACAGUGUUACAUUUGACCCAGAGUUGCCUGCUCUACAACCUCGUGGAUAUGACCAGCCUGGCACGGAGCCUCUAGACCUACACAAUAAUGGCCACACAGUGCAACUCUCUCUGCCCCCUACACUGUACCUGGAAGGAUUCCCCCGAAGAUAUGUAGCUGCCCAACUCCACCUGCACUGGGGUCAGAAAGGAUCCCCAGGGGGAUCGGAGCAUCAGCUCAACGGCGAAGCCACAGCUGCAGAGCUUCACAUUGUACAUUACGAUUCUGAUUCCUACCACAACUUGAGUGAGGCUGCUCAGAGGCCCCAGGGCCUAGUUGUCCUGGGCAUCUUCAUUGAGGUGGGAGAGACCAUGAAUCCAGCUUAUGAGCACAUUCUCAAUUAUCUGCAUGAAAUCAGGCAUAAAGAUCGGAAGACCUCAGUGCCUCCCUUUAAUGUGAGAGAGCUGCUCCCCACACAGCUGGAGCAGUUCUUCCGUUACAAUGGCUCGCUAACCACGCCCCCUUGCUACCAGAGUGUGCUCUGGACAGUCUUUCAUCAAAGGGUACAGAUUUCCAAGGGCCAGCUGGAAAAGCUUCAGGAGACACUGUUCUCCACUGAAGAGGACCCCUCCAAACUCCUGGUGCAGAACUACCGAGCUCCCCAACCUCUCAAUCACCGAUCGGUCUUUGCUUCUUUCAUUCAAGUGGGAUCCCUAUAUACCACAGGUGAAAUGCUGGGUCUAGGUGUGGGAAUCUUGGUGGGCUGUCUCUGCCUUCUGCUGGCUGUUUAUUUCAUCGCUAGGAAGAUUCGGAAGAAGAGGCUGAGAAACCCUAAGAGUGUAGUUUUCACGUCAGCACGAGCCAGAGCCACCACCGAGGCAUAG